GGUCUUGCUAUGUUUGCUUUCGAGUUUCUGCUUGACUCUCCUGUUCUAUUGAGUCUUCUAAUUGUAUUUGUGGGCAUAUGUUUCUACGCCGCAACUGCAAAGUUUCGGCAACUGCAGCGAUGCGGAAUCGAUCUAGACUUUCAGUCUGUGGAACUGCCAGGAAGCAGCAGAGCUCGUAUUAGUAGAUUGUGCGUAGGUGAUCAGCUCGUUUCUGCCUACUUCAAAGAUGUAAAGACACAAUACGACAUGUUUCAACGCGGACGGCGCUUGGCAGGUGAUCAGCCAUGUGUGGGCUAUCGGACAGCAAGGAAUGCUGACUUUCAGUGGCUGACAUACAACCAGGUGAACGAUCAUGCCACGUGGUUUGGGUCUGGUCUGAUCAAGAAGUUUUCUUGUGGAAAUACUGAGUCAUCUAAAUACAUAGGACUUUAUGCAAAGAAUCGACCAGAGUGGGUCAUCACUGAACAGGCAGUAAAUGCAUUUGGUCUUGUGCUAGUUCCUCUUUACGACACUCUGGGAACUAAUGAAUUUUCUUUCAUCAUUAAUCAAUCUGAACUUUCAACUGUGGUUUGUGAUCCUGUAAAAGUUUCAUUGCUGUUUGAUCAAUGCUCACAGUGUCCGUUGUUGAAGAAUAUUGUGAAGAUUGGAAAAGUGCAGCAAGCAGAGCUUGACAUAGCUGGUAGACUGGGCCUAACAAUUGUCUCCAUGGAUGAAGUAGAAAAUGAGGGUGCAGCUGCUUCAUUACCCCACAAGCCUUCAAAUGAAACUGCAGUGUCAACAAUUUGUUACACAAGUGGCACAACAGGUGAUCCCAAAGGUGCAAUGAUAUCUCAUGGUAAUUUUGUUGCUAGUGCAGCAGCAUUUCUACUUCAAGUUGAGAGUGUUCAAGUCUUCAGCAUUAAACCUAGUGAUGUUCACAUUUCGUAUUUGCCAUUGGCUCACAUAAUGGAACGAGUUGUUGAAUCGACAAUUUUACAAGGUGGAGGCAGAAUUGGUUUCUUUCAGGGUGACAUUAGGUUUUUGAUGGAUGACAUACAAACUCUUCGGCCGACAUUGUUUUUGGCAGUUCCACGUCUACUAUGUCAUAUUCAUUCUCAGGUGAUGAGUAAAGUUAACAGGAAAAACAAGAUUAGCAAAAUGCUGUUUCAAUUGGCUCUAAAUUUCAAGAAAAAGGAAAUUUCGAGGGGAAUUGUACGGAAUAAUGGUUUUUGGGACGUCGUCAUGUUUCGCUCUAUUCAGAAAAUGUUUGGUGGACAGUUAAAGGGAAUUCUUACUGGAACUUCUUCCGUUCCACAUGAUGUUCUAGCAUUCUGGCGAUGUGUCAUUGGUUGCUAUGUACUUGAAGGUUAUGGACAGACAGAAACUACUGCUACAGGAACAUUGACUGUUGCAAUAGCCAGUGCACCAGGUAAUGUAGGUCCUCCAUCACCAUGUAACAAAGUGAAACUAGUCGAUGCUCCUGAGCUAGACUACUAUGCUGAAAACAAUCAGGGUGAAAUAUGUAUGAAAGGUCCCAAUGUUUUUUUGGGCUAUUUUAAAAACCAAAACCUGACUCAUGAAGUACUCGAUAAAGAUGGCUGGCUUCAUUCUGGUGACAUUGGGCAAUGGCUGCCGGAGACACGGUCCAAGUUUGAGGAAGUAUCUCUUGGCAAAGAUAUGCACAGCUCUCGAUCUCCAAGACACGUUAGGCAUGAAACGGAACAUCAGGGUGCAUAUCCUACACGUGGUACUACCCACAAAGGAUGCAAGAUCUGCGAUACGAAGCACUAUCGCCAGAUUGAAAAGUCAUGA